AUGAAAGCAAAUUCAGUGUGGAUAAAAUUAAACCGUUGUCUGCAACCUGUAUACCAGAUAAACCGCGGUGAUAACUCAGAAGGACACCGAGAAUCUGUGCGCUCGAUGACCAGCUUACCUCCAGUGUUCAGUCAGACACCACAGCACAUGACUACAAGAGAUAUCAAGUUACCUCCACCUCAGUCAACGAAAUCCACCAAGCAAGACACAGCGUCGCUUCUCCAUUCCAGUGACGCGAAGCGGCAAAUCGAUCCAGCCGGUAACCUUGACAACAAUUCUUUGAACCGAAUGAACAUGGAAUCAAUGCAAAUCGAGGAAUUGGACAGCCUGGACGUCGGAGAUCUAAGUACUGGUGAUGCUGAACAGAUUCCAUCCAGGUAUUGUAAAAAGUCGACCAAAGAGAACCAGUACAAACUGGAACGGGUGGAGAACGGUUACCAACCAAAAAGUCAAAAGCCUACACCACGAGGUAGCCUUGCAUCCGAGUCGAAGCCAAGUCCACUAUGUGCAGGUAGCAUAAGCAAUCCGCUAACUCCUAUGUUUCGAGUGGAAGAAGGAUGUGGUCGGCCACCUCCGGUUGUGGAUGCCCUCUACACAUCACCAUCAAAGGACCAUCCUUCAGCAACGAGUUCCGCUGAAAUCCGUCCUUUGGAUCCCCAUCCGUUCUCCUCCUACUUGACGUUGGCAUCUUCAUCGAAGCGGCCGUCACCUUUUGCCCGUAUCUUCACUCCGAGUAUCAACAAACUCCAUCCACACGACCCAGGUCAACGGACCGGCAAAUAAAGACCGAGAAUAAACGAGUUCACAUGUGCCUUAAAACUAUCCCGGUUCCCAUCUGUUCUGUGCUCGACUCUACUCACGCGAUGACUCUCCAUGCGAUGACUGACAUCAACAGAGUUACUGGAUGACCAGACGAAUCUCACCCAAUUGCCUAAAUAUUAUUCUUUGAAGGCGAUUUUCGCGCGUCACUUAAUCCAGUUAAGUGUAAUCUUUAUCAUAACACCAAAUUGUAAAGAGCAAUAUUC